AUGUAUGCCAUGAAGUCAUUAGUUGAUAGUCUAGUACCUGACAUACCAACACAAGAGGGCUCGUAUUUGCCCGAUGCUGUACAAGUUGUUGAAACCUUGAAUAACUGCUCUGAGAUUAGGACAGCUUCCCAGUCAGUACAUGACCCAGCCGCAUUGAAAUCAAUUUCCGUCUACCCGAGAGGAACUCAAAAAGGAGACUCGCGUGGUCCAAUCCCCGUUUCAAUGCAAGCUACCGAGGUCAUCGUUGCAAUAUGUAUUUGGGGUGUACUCAAAGUCGUUGAUCUUGUCUCAAGUGAGAUCUCCCAGGCAACCCGAGCUCCGGGAACGACUGGACUUUGCUUUGCCAAAACGUUGUUAGUUGGCCCCGGGCAGUGCCUUCACAAAUCUAUUGCUCCGAUAUUUUGUCAGCGCAGAAAUGCUUUCCGCACAUGUUUGAGAGGGCCACGUGCCGAGCACCGAGCUCAAAGCGGACAUUCUUCUGUGAUCAAAACCUUUCACUCGGAAGAUAUUAAAGACAAUGAAGAAAUCUUCGAUUUAAAACCUGGGAAGGUACGACUACACGGAACGGAAUCCCACGCCGUAAAGUCGGUUCCUUCCCUUCGCAUAUCCCUGACUUCUCGCCCUUCCAUCAUCAUGUUCUUCUUCUUCAUCAUCCCCGUCGUCGUCGUUGCAGCCCACAUGCCUGCCUCGAAGUCGAAGGAUCUUGAGAGAUAG